AUGAAUAUACCAGAAGAGAUUAAUAAUUGCGAACAGAUUAUUGAUAGAAUUAUAGAUUUAUCACUAUCAUCUGUAUCAUCUAUACCACCAAAUUCUACUUUAAAAACAGAAAUUUUUCAAACUAUUAACAAGAUUGAAAUAAUGAUACAACAAUAUGUGUAUGAUAUACUAAUUGACUUUCCACUAUUAAAUGAUUUGGAAAAAUAUAUUUCAGAUGAAAUUGAUAUUUUAAUAGAUAGAUCAAAAUAUCAUUAUUGUUUAGGAGAAUUAAAUAGAACUGUUAAAGAUGUUGAAUUUGUAGUUCAAAAUUAUAGUUUUUUAUUUGAAGGCUCAAACUCCCCAACUACAUUAUUACCAAUAUUCAAGACUGUAAUAGGGAGAAUAUGCUCAAUUCUUAGGAACAAGUCAAAACCUAUAGAAUAUUUAAAUCAUGUAAUCGAAUCAUUCCAUUCAAUACCAAUUAUACAGAGUCCAUUUUCAACUUCCAUAAUUUUAGGAAAUAAAACAGAUGAUUUAUUAUUUAGUAUUGUUAUGGGUGGUGGUUGUGAUAUAGUAAAUUUAGAUACAAGUCAAAAUAAUAAUGUUAAUAAUAAUAAUAAUAAUAAUAAUAAUAUAGAGGAUAAUGAUGAUUUUAUAGAUGAAGAUGAAGAUAUUGACUAUGAAGACGAUAAGCAAUCACAACAGCAGCAGCAGCUACAGCAAUUAAUUAUAAGAUCAUACAAAUUUAAUGACAACUCAAUUUAUAAAGAUGAUUAUGGAACAGGAGUUGAAAGCUCUAAUCCAAUACCCACCAUUUCCACUGCCAGAGAUCAACUAUUACAACAACAAAAACAUUUUAUAAAGCCAUUUAAUAUUGCAACUGUAAAUAACUUUCAGAUUAUAGAAACACCCUCACUAACAUUAAUAAAAGAGUCAAAAAACUCAAAAAAACUUUUAGAUAUGAUAAAAGGAAUUCUAAAUAAUUUAGAAACACUCAUUCUAUUUAAUGUUGAUUUUCAACUUGACAUCAAGGAACAAAUUGACUAUUACUUGAACAUCAAACCAUACAUAUCAAGAGUGGACCAAUGCUGCUUAAUAUUUACAAAUUGCCAAUCCUCAAGAGACUCUUUAGAAUUUAUAGAAAUCUUAAAACAAAGAUUAAUAUCAAGUAACCAAUUAUUAGAAAUACCUUCAAUUUAUAUUUAUGAGCAACAUAUAAAUCAGAUCAAGGAACAUAUAAUUAAAUAUAAAAACUAUCAAAUCCCACCUUUUAAAAACAAUGGCAUUGAUAAUCUUCUCAGCUCGUUAACAAUGGUGGAAAUUCAAGAGCAGAUUAAUAAAGGUCGUCAACAACAACAAAUGACAUCCGAUAUUGAUUUGGAUAUUUUGGACAAGAUAAAUAAAUUAGAUUUAAAUUAA